AAUAACUACCAUUGUACCGGUCCGAGGAGCAUACCACACGCAGGUCUAUAAGUUCAUUCGACCUUCCUUUGUCACAGCUACCAUCACGCAAUUCCUUCGUCUUCGCUCGUCACUAAUUGUUACCAUAUAAUGGCACCAUACGCCCUUGCCGCUGCGGCCCUUCUUGGUCUUGCUGCCGCUCAGUCUUUGGGAACUGCGAAGGAGGUACACCCCAAGCUCACCACAUGGAAGUGCACAAAGGCGGGUGGUUGCAAGGCCCAGCAAUCGGCCAUCGUGCUUGAUUCGGCCUCCCACUGGAUCCACCAGAAGAACGACACCACGAAGGGAUGCGGAAACUGGGGAAGCGGACCCGACCCCACUGCGUGCCCGGACGAGGCGACAUGCGCGCAGAACUGCGUCAUGGAGGGAAACUCCGAUUACGCUGCCAGCGGCUUGACCACCAAGGGCGGCGCACUCACCAUGAACAUGUACAACAAAGACGGUGGUGUUUCCAGCCCCAGGGUAUACCUUUUGGCGCCCAAUGAGAAGGAUUACGAGAUGAUCAAGUUGACCGGUCAAGAGUUCACCUUCGAUGUCGACGUCUCCAAGCUGCCAUGCGGCAUGAACGGUGCUCUGUACAUGUCCGAGAUGGAGGCAUCGGGUGGUCGAUCCGCCUUGAACCCGGGAGGUGCUACUUACGGAACUGGAUAUUGCGAUGCGCAAUGUUACGUCACUCCCUGGUACAACGGCGUCGGCAACAUCGCUGCCAAGGGCGUCUGCUGCAACGAGCUCGACAUUUGGGAGGCUAACAAGGUCGCAACCCAAGUCGCACCCCACCCCUGCAGCAAAGACUCCAUCUUCGGCUGCACCGGCGCCGAGUGCACCAAAGCCGGCCUUUGCGACAAGAAUGGCUGCGGAAAGAACCCCUACACCACCGACAAGUCCUACUACAAGCCCGGUGGCAAGGUCGACACCUCCAAGCCCUUCACCGUUGUCACGCAAUUCCCCGCCUCCAACGGCACACUCCAGUCGGUCGUCCGCAAGUACGUCCAGAACGGCAAGGUCAUCGAGGACGUCGCCUCCACUGUCCCCAUGGACGAUGCCUACUGCAGCAAGAACGGCGCGAGCGACUUCAUGCGCCUCGGUGCUAUGAAGCAAAUGGGCGGUGCCAUGAGCAGGGGUAUGGUGCUUGCGAUGAGCAUCUGGUGGGACGAGGGCGGCUUCAUGAACUGGCUUGACAGCGGAAACUCGGGACCCUGCAAUGCGACCGAGGGCGACCCCAAGAUCAUCCAGCAGAUUGAGAAGGCUCCCAGUGUAGUCUUCAGCCAGAUCAAAUGGGGCGACAUUGGCACAACUUUCUCCGCGAAGAAGCCUCACCCUCACGGAUGGGCCCGGGAAGAAUAAGCGCGCAGAU